ACGCGGUACCUGUUGCGCGGCUGUAGUUUGACCUCUCCGCUUGCCGUAGUUUAAAUCCUCGCGACCUCUGACUUGCAGUAAACUUCUCUACUUCCUGCUCGCUGUCCCACUCUUAUAGACUGAAAAGGCGAUGGUUUUGAAGGAAAGGGAUUAUAUUUCGAUUGAUUUGGAUUGAAUUUGAGCACAAGAUGAGCUGGAUUCCUUUCAAAAUUGGACAACCAAGGAAACAGAUUGUUUCGAAAACGGUUGAAAGGGACUUUGAGCGGGAAUAUGAGAAGCUCCAAAAGUUGGAAGAACAGACAAAGAAGCUGCACAAAGACAUGAAGAAAAGCACAGAGGCUGAUUUAGCGAUGUCUAAAGCAGCAGUGAAGAUCUCAGGGGACUUGUUGAGCAAUCCGUUGUGUGAGCAGGAUCUGGCUUUCCUUGAAUCCAUGACUGCUCUGGAUACAGCCAUGAAGAGAAUGGAUGCGUUCAAUCAGGAGAAGGUCAAUCAGAUUCAGAAGACCGGGAUCGACCCUUUGAAAAAGUACAGCAGUGUGUUUCCCAGUCUGAACAUGGCGGUAAAACGCAGGGAACAGGCUCUUCAAGAUUAUAAGAGACUCCAGUCUAAAGUGGAGAAAUAUGAAGAAAAAGAGAAGACGGGGCCCAUCAUGGUCAAACUCCAUCAGGCCAGGGAAGAGCUGAAGCCCGUCAGGGAAGACUUUGAAGCCAAGAACAAGCAGCUGUUGGACGAGAUGCCCAAGUUCUACAACAGCCGCAUCGACUACUUUCAGCCCAGCUUUGAGGCUCUGAUACGAGCUCAGGUGGCCUAUUUUACAGAGAUGCACAAGAUCUUCACUGAACUGACGGAUCAGAUUGAUCAGGGUGGUUUGACAGAUGAACAGAGAAAGCAAGAGAACGAGGCCAAACUGAACGAGUUGCGCGCGCUGUCCAUCGUGGCCGACGACUGAGACGGAAAACAUCCUCUUACCCACGUCGUACUCUGAUGUUUUAAUGAAGUCAUGUCAAUAUUUAAUUUAUUUCUCUUUUUUUGUUGAUAAUGUAGAAGUCUUGUUUUGAAUAUCUUUUUGACAGAUGAAGCCAUCAGAAAACACUAAUGAUACUGUAAAACCUUUUAACAGGAUUUUUUUAAACGUGUUCAGAUUCUCAUAUUAGCAUCAAGUUUAGAUUCUCAGCUGGAAUUAAUUACCUUUUCUUUUUUCCAGUUACUUUUUUGUUGAUCAAACUUCCUGUUUAGUUUUUCUAGUCUUGUCAGUUCUUUAUUGCAGUCACUAUAACUGACCAACGGUUGAAUUUCUAACGGAUAAUUUACAUGUUUAUCUUAAAGAUUUCCCAUUCACCACAGGCCAAAUUAAUAUUCAAAUCACAAUAUGCUAAAGCUUAGGGGUUUUUUUAUACAUGAUGAACGUUACUUGUUUUCCGUAUAGUUCAAACACUACAAUAGUAUCUUCUUCAGCUUUUUUAAUGCUUUUUAAAGUAUCAUCAAAAAAUAGUGUAACACUGGAAUUGUUGAUGAUUGAUAUCUUGGAAUAAUGUUACAGUGCGAUUGUCAGUUAACAGAAAUCAUGUUAGUCUGGUGUGGAUUCAGUGAUGAACUACAUGCAUUUAAAUGAUACUCUGCCUCCCUCUACUGACACAUGUGAAACAUUUUUCUUUAGUUUUUUGUAUCUGACCUGUGUUUGUGCUCAUUGUGUUUGUAAUGAAGGAAAGACAGGUUUAUAUAUAUAUUAACCAGUAGUCUUACAGCCAUAAUACACAAGGGCCAAUUAUUUAAGCCACACAAUUUCAUCUCAUUUAUGUCAAUGUUGUGAAUAGCAUCAGUUACUGACAAUCACUUUCUAGUGAAGUUUUUAAACUGGAAGAGCCUUGAUUGUUUCGGUUGGACAUUAAUAUUUCAAAUGUGCCUUCAAAGUAGGUUAUGUUGCUCUCUAUGGUCCAAUGUAAACAAGUUCAGUGCAAGUCCCUUUGGAUAAAGCAUCUACCAAGCAACUUAAUGUAAGCAUUAAACAGUGUUUUUACAUUCCUGCUUUGCUUUUAAAAGAAGAAAUGAAUGUUUGACUUUUGAAAUAAUCUAAAACAUUUUCUCUGUACCACAGCCUUAUGAUUCCCAAAAGUGUGUGCAUUUUUCAUCUGUAAAAUUGUUUUCCUUUAAAAAAAUUUUUUGCUGUUGUGUUUAAUUGUCAAACAUUCUUACAGUAA